CUUGCUGUCUUUUAACAUGACGGGGCUGGGACCAACUCGCCGGGGAUUUUUCUGUGAUGAUGAAUCUAUUUCCUACCCCUACAGGACGGAUACAGUCAGCGAUUCUGUGCUUAUUGCCUGCUUUAUAGGAGUCCCUGUUAUUAUUGCGGGACUUUUAAAAAUGACUGAACAGACAUUUAAUCCGCCUUACGGUGAUAUUUUCGGGCAAAAACUAGACGACAGUGAGAAGAAAGAGCUAUUAACCGCAACUUGGAACAACGUUCACCAGUAUAAGUUCCCUUUCAGGGUUGUUGGUAGUUUUCUGUUCGGUCAGAUGUCAUGUAGUCUUUUCAUGGAAACGACGAAACUGUUCGCUGGAAGAUUACGCCCCAACUUCCUGUCAGUGUGUGUCAUUGACCUUGACCGCGUCAACUGUAGUCAAGGUUACGUGGAAAUAGACGACAGCAUGUGCAGAAACGAUGAUUUAUAA